AUGUUAAUCCUGCAGACAAUUAAGCUAAUUGUGCUCGCCCUUAAGCUGCUACCGAAGCGAUUCACGCAUAGGAAUGUGCUGUUUAUGAUAUACUUGGUCACUCUCGUCACACAUGUGAUGAUGGAUGAACCGAGAUUCGCUCAACCCAUUCCGAACGUCACGGUAGCGGUAGGACGCGAUGCAAACCUACCCUGUGUUGUGGAGCAUCUGGGCACGUACAAGGUCGCGUGGAUACACAUCGAUCGGCAGAUGAUUUUGACGAUACACCGGCACGUAAUUUCGCGCAUCCCGCGGUACAGCGUGACGUACGAUAAUUCCAACACCUGGUUGCUGCACGUCAGCCAGGCCCAGCAGGACGAUCGGGGCUACUACAUGUGCCAAGUGAACACGAACCCCAUGAUUAGCCAGGUCGGGUACCUGCAAGUAGUCGUGCCUCCCAACAUUCUGGACAUCGAGAGCACUCCGUCGUCGGUGGCCGUGCGAGAAAAUCAAAAUAUCAACAUGACAUGUCGUGCCGAUGGAUUCCCCACGCCCAAGAUCAUCUGGCGACGCGAAGACGGCCAAAGCAUCACCGUCGAGCGGAAGAAGAAAGUGAUGGUGUACGACGGUGAAGUCCUUCAUCUGACGAAAGUAAGCCGCAACGAAAUGGGCGCUUAUCUCUGCAUCGCCACUAAUGGCGUGCCACCGUCGGUGUCUAAGCGGAUUAUCCUUGAUGUGGAGUUUUCACCGAUGAUAUGGGUACCGAAUCAGCUGGUGGGUGCCCCUCUAUCGACCGAUGUGACCAUCGACUGCCACACGGAAGCGCAUCCAAGAGCCAUCAUCUACUGGGUGUACAACACGGUGAUGGUGCUGCCGAGCAAAAAGUACAUCAUAGAUUACAACGAAAACUCCUACCGGGCGCACAUGAAGCUCACCAUCAAAGGCUUAUCGAUGGGCGAUUUCGGCAACUAUCGCUGCAUUUCGAAGAAUUCCCUGGGCGAAACGGAGGGCUCCAUUCGCGUUUACGAAAUUCCGCUGCCGUCAACGCCGUCGAAACAAAUUACUCACGUGGUGGAACCCAAGGAACCGGUCCCGGCCGUCGUGUCACGUAAUGAAACCAUUAAGGUCGCCAGCCAACCUGAGGUCCUGUUUCCGAUGAAGAACGACGAAGGCUACGCGCAGCGCUCACCGAACGGGAUCCCUUUCGAGCGCAAGGGUUCGCUUGCCAUCGGCCAAAGUUUCUCCUACACCGACAUGCCACCGAAGGAGUUCGGUGUAUCUAAUGAUGCGCGCAGUAGCUUCGAACGCGUGUCGCUGCUAUCGCUAACGACGAGUGCGGUUCCAUCGACGCUGCUGAUAGUGCUGUAUCGUCGUGGUGCCGCAAGCUGGCUGGUUUUGUAAUUUGCAUCUCCCGUGCCACCGCCAUCAUCAUCAUCAGCAUUCUCCUCCCAAAAACUCCACCCACACAAUCGCCCACGGUGGCGAGUAGGGUGGAACGGUGCUGUCGCGCCAUAUCAUAUGUUGGUUGCUCAUAUCACUCCGCCCGCGGAGCACACAUAUCCUUCGGUGCACAGGCGAGUUUCGGGACGGCACCGGGGCAUUCGGCUUUUGUACCAUAAAAUGCAAUCCAAAAUGUGCUGCUUUGAGGUUGAGCGGGUGCUGGUCAGCUAAAACAAUAAUACUCAGCUCCGAAUGGUUCGGGAUCGUGCGUUACGUUUCGAUUAGUUUCGAUUGUUCUGUUCUGUCGGCGAAGGAAACAUGAAAACCUAAACGAAGCAACACACAGAAAAGGCUAGCGUUUGUUAGGCGCAACGUGUCGCUAGAAUUGAAACGCUUCCGUUACGAAUCAUCUCUUCGCUUCACGCAGUUUUGUAAACUAUUUCCGAGCCCCGUUUCUGUUGUGUUGACGAAGGUGCUGCUGCCCUUUACGCUGCAGAGUACCGUUCCAGGCAAUAGUAAAUAAUGUAGGAGUACGUUGUAUCAUAGCGAAAUGGCUUAACUCUUGGUCGAGUUUGUUAACUAGAGCGCUGGAAAAGCGCGUGCGAAGGUAGUAGCGAGAAGCCGGGCGUUGGAAGCGCGAACGAGAAGCGUCGAAGAAAGUAUGCUGCAAAACCACAAAACACAACAACAAAAAAAAUCCGUAAUACAAACAUAAUACGAUUAUUAAAGUGAGUGCGUUAUCGCUGAGGAGAAGUAAAUCGAGGAUUGAGGAACGCCUGCGGAAAGUAAGUAAAACAAAGGCACGGAAAAGAUCAAACCAGAAGGAAAAUCGCGCGGGCGUAUGCGUGUGUGGGUGUGUAUGCGUGUAUGUACAUAUUUUAGCCUCACUAAAUAGCUGUGCGUGGGUCCAUGGAGCAAAACUCCAACGGGUCCAUGUCGAAUUGAAACACAAAUCCACUAGCGAAACACAAUACAAAAAGAAGAAAAAAAAAACCCUUCUAGAUUCGAGCGAGACUAGCACCGUGUAAUUAUCUGCUGCAUAGGCGUAUUGCGUAUUGUUAGGUUAUUUGUUGUUUUAACAUUUUCGGUCAACUUAGCUGAAGCACUCACCAGACAGAACGACGGACGCGCGAAGCGAUUGCGGAUUACUUAGAAAUAUAUUUGACAUAAUAAAA